CGCAAUAUGUCACAAGUGUGUCUCACAUCUCACAGCAUACACAGACCUGUGUCUCCAAUUUCAGAGAUCACGAAAUUACACACACACAAACCGACACCGACAUGCACUACAAAGUCAGUCCGUCUGGUCGUCGAACAGGUACUCAAACUCUCCGAAAUCGAACUCGUAAUCCGCACUUCGCAAGGGAAUGCCCGUGGAGGGCUCGCCGGAGCCCGGCGGUGGUAGUCUUCUUUGCGCGAAAGGAUUGCCUGCAGAAGAGAAAGUGCGUAUCGACACAUGAGGGGAGCAACUGAUUGCGAUGGUGCGUACGUGGCUCGACUCCUGGUGUGGGAGUGAUGUUGAAUGGCAGGUGGCACCCAAAGUCGUAAAAGAUGAUCAAGACACGCUGCACGACAGCAAUCGUUAAUCAAUGUGCAGACAAUGAGAAUAAAGUCUGUGCUUCUCCUACCAUGUUUGCAGUGGAUGGCCUCAGGUUGUAAAAUGCUGCGUCUCGGAAAGCCUCGAAGCACACCUCGAUAGUCAACGGGCUCAAGAGAACCGCAUCUUCGUAGAAGUCGUCGUCUGGCGGAUCCUCUGUAUAUGCCUUCGAGGCAGCACGAUUGGCAACAAUAUCAGCAUCGCCAGAACGAGAGCUGGUUGCAAUAAUGAUUGCAGGGUAACCAAGCUCAUCAGGCAAAGACUGCAUUCACAUGAGAAUAAAGCAAAACACACACACAGCAGGCGAUUCUUAUACUUUAAUGUGCACGUCCAGACGUACCUUUCCAUUACGAGGACUUAUGCAGUUUCUUGCGCCAAUCUGUGUGAUGAAUUCCGUAUUGUUUGUUGGAUCGAAGGGGUUGAUUUGGGUGACGGGACAGCCAUAGACGCCGCGAGGACGACCUGCAACCGACGAAAACAGAUGAAGGGCUUGCAUGGGCAUGCAGGACGUCAGCUGUGGCCUGCCUGUCUACUCAGUUAGCCUCCUCACCUUCCAGCUGCUCUCUCGCGGCCAAUGCAUUGGCAGACGGAGCGGCCUGGACCACAUAGACAUGCGAGACACGACAAGAGACAUGACAUUUGUCAAUCUACGCGUCCAUGUGUGAGUUGCCCCUUUGUUGCUGCUCGCUGCUCCCUCUGAUUUGCUCGCUGUAUGUUUCAGUCACCUGUCCAUUCUCGAUGUUCUGUUUGGCAGCGUCUGUCUCUUGCAGCUUGAGUGCGUCCAGCCCAUCGUCAGCCGACGCCUCGUCAUCCUUCUUGCCCUCGCGAGACCAAUCGAGCAGCCCAUCGACGAGCAGAGAGGCGUCAACGUCAUCGUCCUGUGAGGCACUGGAAAUGAAUUGCUCUCGCUGAUUGUCCUCAACAAUAGCAUUGGCUGCCGGUGUUUGCUGGAAAAGACCCGGGAUGUCGUAAUCGGGAAAGCAGAGACCAGUGAGCAGGAUGAUGACGACUUGCUGCACACACGAGGAGGCGGGAGCAAUACCGUAUGUUUCAUAUGUGCUUUUCGCUCACCACAUUGCUGCUAUCCGCUCGGUCUCCACCGGACACAACGAAGACGUCCAUGAAGGUGCCUUCGGCGGUCGGCAGUCGGACAAAGUUCUCAAAGGCUUCAUCAUCACCAUCCAGAGGCUCAGUGCUAUUGCCUGCCAGCUGCCUGUCGACAUAAACAACAGCCACGAAUCCAUUUGUGAUAUCGAGCUCAUUGAUCAAACGCACCCAUCGACUGUGACGAGAAUCCAUGCUGAAGGGCCUUCAAUGCUAUUCGUCGCGAUAAGGACUUCAGGGAAGCCGCUGUUUCUCGCAAAGACCUGUGCGAAAAGAAAAGGACACAAAUUGACGAAACGCUGAACAAAAUCAGUAUCCCUACAAUUCAGCGCACGCUACCAAAUCGACUGCGACAAAUUGGCUUUUGCCGCUUCUGACAAUGUUGUUUUUCUCGGUGAAGAGAAGGAUGGGGCAUGUAAAAAUACUGGUACAAAUGUUGUUGGACCUGCUUGUAAUGGACCUGCAUGUAAAACGAAGCACAAGAGCUUGAAACAAUUUACUUACCUUCCUGCUCUCCCUUUGUGUGAACGUGAGUUCCGGCCGAUGGACUCUACACAUCGACACGGAAGAAAAUGCGUGCAUGUCGGCAGCGCUUUCUCUCCCUGCUUGCAGGUCUGGCUACUCAUUGCCUUCUCUCUCAAGCUUCUGCUCAUUGCUCACUUCUCUUUGUCGCGCCUGUUCCCGCACCGGGCUUGUUCCUGAGGCCUCUCGACUCUUCGCUUCAUAUCCAUGGCUUGUCUCUUUUUUCGCUUCAAACUCAUCGCCCUCCCCAAUAAAAAACUCUCUCUCUCUCUCUCUCUCUCUCUCCAUCUCUGCAUCUCCCGUAAUCAUCCACCAAAAGCUCCGUGAGGUUCCCGAACUCAUACUCAUAUUCACUUCGCGGCUCUUCAUAGUCAUCAUCAUUCCGAUCGUCAGUGCCUCCAAGCAGUGUGAUAUCGAUGCCCGUAGCAUUGGGAUCUGCACACAUCAGAGACAUGGAUAGAAAGCACAAUCCACAUAAGACAGAGCAUGCUAACUUGUAACAGCGAUGUUGAACGGAAUGUGACACUCGAAGUCGUACCAAAUGAUGAGCACACGCUAGACAAGACACAGCAAAGGGCAGACAGACAGUUAGGCGAAUUAAUAUGUUGCCAGUGCUACUGACCACGUCAUUCUCCACAAAGGCCAAACGCUCUCCGCCGAAUGGAUAGAGAAUGACGUCCAGGACAUCUGCUCGUCCGCCACUGAUUCUAAUAUCCGUUGAAAUAAAAGCUGCAUCUUCGAAAACGGUAUCGGACGGUCGGUCUUGUGUAUAGGCCUUUGAGCCACCAAUGUACUCCCUAAGAAUGCAAUGCAUAUACGAUCGCCCAGCAAUGCAAUGCAAUGCAAUGCAAUGCAAGUGCAUGUACCUGGGAGAAAUGAAAUUCCCGAAUAAAUCUCUCGUCUCCUCGCCCUCAGCGAAAAUGGACAUAUCCGCAUCGCCAGAGACGGAACUGGCUGCAAUGACAACGUAUGAAUAGUUGAAGCUCCUAGGACUCACCUGAAUGAAUAGAAAGCCAAAAUGUGUUGAGCCGGGAUUGUCUGAGCCUCACCAUACCAUAUCAACUGCUAAGCGCUUGAAGCGCUGGGGCGUACCAGGAAACUCCGCGAAAUCGCCAACGAGAAACUCAGUGUUGUUUGUUGGAUCGAAGGGGUUGAUUUGGGUGACGGGACAGCCAUAGACGCCGCGAGGACGACCUGCAAGCGACGAAAACAGAGGAAGGGUUUGCAUGGGCAUGCAGGACGUCAGCUGUGGCCUGCCUGUCUACUCAGUUAGUCUCCUCACCUUCCAGCUGCUCUCUCGCGGCCAAUGCAUUGGCAGACGGAGCGGCCUGGACGCACAUAGACAUGCGAGACACGACAAGAGACAUGACAUUUGUCAAUCUACGCGUCCAUGUGUGAGUUGCCCCUUUGUUGCUGCUCGCUGCUCCCACUGAUUUGCUCGCUGUAUGUUUCAGUCACCUGUCCAUUCUCGAUGUUCUGUUUGGCAGCGUCUGUCUCUUGCAGCUUGAGUGCGUCCAGCCCAUCGUCAGCCGACGCCUCGUCAUCCUUCUUGCCCUCGCGAGACCAAUCGAGCAGCCCGUUGCUAAGUGUGUCACGUCUUGUAGAGUUCGAGACUGUAUACAGCUCGUCGCACAAUCUCCUCCAGCUUCUUUCAUAAUACAUUUGCACUUGCUGAGAGGAUCCAGUGAUAUUUUGUGGAAGAUUCCUUGUCCCUUCGUCUUAUACCAACCACAUUCGCAUAAGGUGGGUCACGAGGUCCUGAAUCCUCGCUGAAUGGCACGACUAUGAAAACAUCCAGAAAGUCGCCUUCAGCGACUGAAAGACAGCCCUCAAACCGCCUUGGCUGAGGCAGCACUUCAAUUGUAGCCACAACUUCACUGAACACACAAAUGGACCUGGGUUGGCUUCCCUUCCCUUCUCUUUCAUUCACCUCACCCAUCAAUAGUGGCAAUGAUGUGUGCUGAAGUGCCUUCGAUGGUGCUUGCAACGAUACGGAUAGCCUCAAAUUCAGCGUUCCUUGCAAAGACCUGAAAGCAAGCCAUUCACACACAGGCAGACAUGCAGAUCAAUCGCAGGAGGUCUCGUGUUAUCACCAAGUCGACAGCGACAAAGUGAUUCUUCCCGCAUCUAAUCCACUUGGACGCAGGCGAAAACGGGAGAAUCUCCAGAAUCAGUCCCUCGAAAGUACUGUAGAAAAAGGGGGCCCUGUAGCGGAUAGUAUCGAAGUCAUACGCUACAAAUCGAUAAACACACACACACAAGGAAAGAGCGGGAGACAUCGUUGUUGCACGACAGCUGCUAAGUAUCAUACGCACUCCCGACCUUCCUGCUCUCCAUCCGCAUAGACGUAGGGCUUGCCCUGUGCACAGAGACAGAAAGACACGUCUGAAUGUCUGCUGCCUGUCUGCAAUUGCUCACUCAUCUCCCUCUGCCGCACCUGGUCGACCUCUGCGAUGCUCCUUAUCGUCUCCUGGCUUCUCUCACUGCGCGUCUCAAAGCGGUCAUCAUCAUCAUCAUCAUCAUCCCCUGCUCGUCGCCUAUCGGGUUCCUCAUAGUCGUCAUCGUCAUCGUCACCAUCAUUGGGCAACGUCACAUCAAGACCAGACGGCCCUGAAAAACAAGAAAGACUAUACUCAUUCAUGCGGUAGCUUCCUAUAGGUGUCACAUUCACCCGUGACAUUAAAGUAAUUGUCACAGUCAUAGUCGUAGAAGACAAGCAAGACACGCUGCACACAAAAAAUGAGUGCAUGUGCGACAGAUGAAGCUGUGGAAGCUGUUGUACCACAUUGGUGGGCUCAUUCACUUCCUCCUUGGUGAACAGCAAAAUCUGGAUUACAUCGCCUUCGUCUGUUGGGAAGAAGAUGCUAUCCUCAUAUUCAUCAGCGGAAGGGUCUUCGUAAUUGUCAGCCGGACGGUUCUCAGAAAGAGCGUAAUAAAGGCUGGAAGACGCAGACAUCUUCACUUCAUGUCCAAUGACACGUGCACUCCAUAUCUAAUCAAUUGUACCCGUCAACAAGGCCAUCCCUGUAGUCCUGACUGAAUGCCUCCCCGCGCAUAUCAGCGUCGCCAGAGACGGAGCUAAUCGCAACAACAACGAAUGGAUAUCCCGCCGCUCUCGGCAGAUCCUGCAUACACGGACACACCAACAAAAGAAGGAGUGUCAUUGGCUAAGGCACAAUCUAAUCUUGUCUCUUCGAACCAGGUCAAAAAUCUGCUUCGUCUCGCCGGGCUGAAUGGUGAAUGCUGUAUUCCCCGUCGGGUCGCACGGGAAAAUGUGGCUCACCUAAGGCAUGUAAAGAACCGUUACAUUGCUGUUCGCUUUGAUGAUGCAUUCUGCUGCUCAGACCGGACAGCGGCCGUAGACACCACGAGGCGCAAUAACAGCUGCAUCACGAGAACACAUUACCAGCAUUACCUUUUUGUCGGCCGUCUGUCCACUCACCGUCGUCCUGCUGCUCUCCUUUUGCUGCGGGGGCGACGGUUUCCUCACCCUGAUAACACACACAUUCAUGUACACCGUGCAUCGAUAGGCAUGCUUUGGCUAUCGUUCUGAUGCAUUCACUCACUUGUUUUCUCCACAUUUUCUGUUUGAUGGUGUCGGUCACAGACAGCUCGAACGCCUCGAGACCCAGAUCAGCCAACAGAUCGUCGCUCUCCUCGCCCGCGCGGAACAAAUCGAGCAAUUCAUCAACGCUUAUUGGAUCGGCAUCGCCGUCCCUUGAAGAUUCAGCCGAGAUGGACUCUAUCUCGCGAACGUUGAUCCCAGGGAUGAGGUACACAUCGAAGUCCACAGCGCACAAGCCAGUAAGAUAGUAAAUCACCACUCCCUUCAGGCCGAGCAGAAUGAGAAUGCCAGUCGUCUGGGUCGUACUGGGUCGCUGACAUUUGUUACCGUGUUUGACGGCAGGUCUCCUUUCGGCUCGAUGAAGACGUCCAGAUACUCGCCUUUGUCCGUGGGCACCAGAACAAAUUCCUCUGCACAAAUGCACUCAUCUGAACAAACUCCUCGGCACCUUGGAAGAUAGGGGCUGCCGUCCUGCGUGGCAUUUGUGCGGUCAAAAGGCUCCCUGCAAUGAUACAUGGUCAGAAGAAGAGCGCGUCAUUACUUGCCAUUUGCUGUGUCGCUCACUCGUCAAUUUCGAUGACAAUAUCGGCGAGGCCCUCUUGACUGUUCGCUGCCACGAGAAUCCGAUUGAAUCCAGCAUUCCUCGCAAACACCUGCAUGAAAGUCACAUCAAAAAGCUACCGACUGCCCAUAGACUGCGCAUCGUACCAAGUCCACGCGAAUGAACUGGUUCGUGCCAGCUUCGAUGAUGUUGGUCACGUUCUCAUCAUCCGUGAGGAACGGAUCGCGCCUGGGGGUCCCAUCCGCGUAGUAUCGCCGCGGCCGUCCGGCGCUGAUGAACGGGAAGUACGGACAAACAGAGAAAGGCAGCUGCUCCGUGGCAAAGGCUGCGGCAAGAAAGGAGAGGUCAACUGCUGACAGCUGAAUCAGCGUGCUUGCGUAUCUUGGCUGAGUGAAGCCCACGUACGUUCCUCAUGAGGUCCGUGUCGCCCCGAUCGGCCGUCUGCCUGCGAAUCAGAAAGAAGCAUUUGUGCUGCCGUUGCAACUUCCAUGGAAUUCAGUGGACUGUCAUCUCACCAUCCUGCCCUGCGCCUCAUUUGCCCUGUACAUGUCGUUUCCCCCGCCAUCAUCUCCCCUGGGCUCAGGCACCUUCCGUGACAGAAGGCCUUUCUCCGCAUCAAGAGGGCUGCGGUGAGUGACUGCAGCUUCACAGACGACAUGUAGGCUGCAAAUGGACAGCCCAAACACAGAGAGACGCC